CAUCCCCCAUCCCCCCUCCCACCGCCGGCCGCCUCCCCGCACGACGCGGCCUCUCCCCCUCCCCUCACCGGCGCCGACUCUCCCUUCACCCCUCCAGCGGCGCCGCUUCCCUUCCCCUCCCUUCUCCACUCCGGCGGCGCCACUCCCUCUCCCCCUCUCCCUCCUGUCUCGCUGGCAAGGCGCGGCGACAGCGGGGUACGGCGGUGAUAACGCACGGUGACACUCGUCCCUCCCCCUCUCCCUUUCCCUCUCCUCAUUGCCUCAAUGCCCGUCCCUCCCUCUCGGUGAUGACGCCUUCUCCACCCUCAAGAUCCGGCGACGUCGACGGCGACGACGAUGUCGUCAGCCUCCGCGGGUGGAUCUGUCGGUGGUGGCGGCUACCGCUUGCGGAUCUGGCAGCGACAGCUCCCUCCGUCGCCUCUCUUCUUCCUCUGGCGACGGUGGUGGCGUCGGCGGUGGUCGUGGAUGAAUCCGGCAGUAGUGGCGACGGCCGAGGGGAUCCGACGACGCCCCGUGGUCGGAUUCGGUGGCGACGACGGCGUUGGUGGCUUCUCGGUGAUGUUUUUAUUUUUCUUCCCUUUUUUUUUCUCAAUCGCUUGUUGUCCGAUUGAAUUUUGUAUGAAUUUUUUUUUUGCUUUUUUUUUGCCUUAUUAUGAUGCAACCGGAUUUGAUUUUUUUUCACCUUUUUUUUUUUUUUGCCCUUUUUCACGGACGGACGACGGAAACACCUUUUAAUUUUUAGACGAUGGAAACACCUUUUAAUUUUUUAAAUAGUAGAGAUGUAGUUGACAGAGUUGCCAGGCCUAUAAAAACACGAUUCCAACUGGCCCAACGGUCUUCCCUAGCCAACUGGCCCACGGCCCACGGCCCACUAGCAGCACAUCUGAUGCUCAUCUUUGUAACCUAGGUCACAUAGCCAACUUGACAGUUGACACUCGGGCCCGCGAGCCCCCGACUCGCCCGCCGCCGGCCGCCAGGCCGAUGUCCGACGACGCUCCAGCCUCCUGCGCUCCUCACCUCCUGUUCGUGCUUGCUUGACGUCGACGCUGGCCUGGCCUCGCUCGGUCCUGACCGAGCCUCGAGGAGACGUCGCCGCCGACCGCCGGGGCUGACCUCUCCUCCGAUUGCCCGACGCCCGCUCCAGCGCUCCUACUCCAUCUCCGGCCUCCGACUCCCAGCCACAGGGGCGCAGGCGGCUGAUCCCCAGGCUGCUAUCCGCGGCGGCGGCGGCGCGUGCGGCACAACUCGCCAUUUCGAAGGGAGUAGCCGCUCUUUGAUGAGCGGGCGAAUGGGUACAGGUAUGAACCCGUACACUGUAACCGUCUCACUGAGAGGAGGGAGCGCAUCGUCUGCCGUCGUAACUAUAACGGCACGGUCAUGCCGUUGGCAAAUCCUGAUCGUUCCUUUUCUUUGGACGAUUAGGAUUUAGAAGGAUCCAAAUACCAGGCCUGCAAGUUCAUUCAAGCCCACUAACCAAUCGGCUGGUGCGGCAAUAUAGGCGCCGCAACCUUCUGACGCGAGAGAAGUCCCGAUGCUUUUUUUUAUCGAUUUCACUUUCCCCAUCUUCAUCUCUCACCUCUGUCUCUCUCUCCACGCAUCUCUCAAUCACUGCAAAGCAGGAGCGCCGAUUCAGUGGCUUCAACCAUAAAUUUUUGCUGCCAAUAACAGCAAUAAGCUCCCUGAUAUUACCCAGGUUUGCUUCCCAUCAUUUUUGUCAAUUAAUUUGGCUCCUGUUGCUAGCAGCAAUCAGUCCUGGAAGCAUUGGCAACAGUACGCAGCUAUGGUUGCUGUAAUCAGAGAAGUCAAGCACGCAUGCAUGAGCAGAAAAUGGAAGAGACGAAGCUAGAGGGUUUGGGACUGAUUCCAGAAUCAUCGGCCAAUUCAAUUUCAGUAGCUUGUGCUUUAGAAAUCUUCCGUUGUGAAGACAUUAGAUGACUUGUCUCUGGUAGUUGGAGCAUGUGGUUGUGUUCAAUAGAUAAAUCAUGCAAGGUGUAAAGACCAGAAUCCCUAUCUAAGGUAAUUCCCAUUCGGGCAUCACAACCUGUUCUUGUCUCAGCUCGGGGAAGUUUUGUCAAGUGAUCUCUCUUGUCCUGUGCUCGGUAGCCCUGAUUGGAACAUACAAAUCUACAUGAUGUAACUACCUUGUCAAUUUUACUUGUGUUCUCAUACUUCUUCCUAGCAUUGAAUCCUACUUGACCUCCAUAGAAUACCCAAAAGUUCCAAGCCUCAUCAGCACAACUAAAAUUCAUGCCUAUUCGAGGUAUCCAAGAAGGUGUGUUAUUUGUGCUGCAAAACAUGGCAUCGCUUCUUAUUUUACCAAACAUGAUUAAUGUAAGAUAUGAAAUGAAAUGGUCGGACUGGAUUUAGAUGGUACAUAUGGAACUAUGAAUCAGAUCCUGAUAUGGCACUCACAAGUUUGAUGACUCAGAAGGAGCAGGUUUUUCUUGCAGCGAUUGCUUUCGUACUAGCGUCUGAUCUCCCUCAAUCUCAUUGCUUCAAUCAAUUGUAAUAUUGUUUUAAUCAUAGGAGAACUAAUUAUAUGUAUUACAGAUGAAGAUGAUAAUAUGACUUACUUAUUUGGAGUCUCUGUUGUUGUUGGGGUACCUCGAUCUUCAGAAUUAUCCAGUGAAGACAUUUCUUUAACUCAGAUCUUGCUUGCAUAUACUUUGGCCUCUUGAAACUCUCGAUCAAGAGAUGGCAUCAGACCCUUUGGAGAGAAAGGUGAAAACUGAUUUCUAUAGGUUUCUAUCCUCUAAAAUGAAUGGGUGAAAUUGGCGCCAAGUUAUCUGCUUGCCGCGCGCCAUUUCUCUCGCGUCAGAAGGUUGCAACGCCUAUAUUGCCACACCAGCCGAUUGGUUAGUGGGCUGAAAUGGACUUGCAGGCCUGGUAUUUGGAUCCUUCUAAAUCCUAAUCGUCCAAAGAAAAGGAACGAUCAGGAUUUGCCAACGGCAUGGCCGUGCCGUUAUAGUUACGACGGCAGACGUGCCGUUAUAGUUACGACGGCAGACGAUGCGCUUCCGGGGGACCCAUACCCGCGAAGCAUUAAGCGGUCCCCAAAAUUUUCAACGCGCCCUUUCACACUUUCGUGUCGUUCCCGCGCGAGGGUGGGAAACCCUUUGGCGGGCUUGGCUCUCGCGCCACUCUCCACCACCGCGCCCUUUUUCUUGUCGCCCACCUCUCGCCCCAUCCCCCACAAACAAUUCCUCCCCAAUUUCCCUCCCAAAUCUCUCCCGCCUCCGAUCCCACAGUCUCUCUCUCUCUCUCUCUCUCUCUCUCUCGAUGCCGACGCUUCGCAGCGCCACAGCGAGCGCGUCAACGGCGGGCACGGCCUCGCCGACGGCAAUCGCCACCCCACGAAGCGCCAAGCGGCGCCUCACGAGCCCUCGCCGAGCCGCAGGGUCACCCGACGCGUCUCAGUUCACAUCCCCCCACAAAUCCCCCAAUGUCGGAAUCGUUGGCACCCCGAAGCUGCUCUCGGCGUCGCCCAGGUCAUCUAGGAAGCGGCUUUACGGCGACUUCGUCGCGGCCGAGAAGCCCAAGUGGAAUCCUCGAGGCAAGUCUCCAGAAUCCCAUUUCAGUAGGGCUCAGAGUUCUGAUUGGGAUCUGACGAAAGAAUUCAUCUGUUCUGCAGAUCCCGCUCAGAUGCAGGUGGUCAAGGAGGCGCUUCACGUGGCUACGGUGCCCUCUUGCGGAUUGGUCUGCCGAGAUGAUGAGCAGAGUCGCGUGCUUGAGUUCUGCAAGGGUUGCGUGGAGCAGGAGCGUUCAGGGAGCCUGUAUGUGUGCGGGUGCCCUGGUACAGGGAAGACCUUGUCGAUUAACAAGGUUAAGGAGAGCGUGGCGCGUUGGGCAGACGAGACCGGAAUGGAGACACCUGAUGCCUUAUCGAUCAAUUGUACAAGCCUAGCAAAGACGCAUGAAAUUUUUAGUAAGAUACUUGCGAAGUUUCAGACUCGGAAGAAGGCAACCUGCAAACUGUCACCACUUCAGCAACUUCAAACCAUGUUUUCCCACAAGGAAUCAGCCCCAAGAAGGAUGUUGUUGGUCGUUGUGGAUGAGAUGGACUACUUAAUAACAAGAGACCGGGCUGUGCUACAUGAUCUUUUCAUGCUUACGACUUACCAAUUCUCAAGAUGCAUACUGAUAGGUAUUGCAAAUGCUAUAGACCUAGCGGAUCGGUUUCUUCCAAAGCUUGAGUCCUUAAAUUGCAAACCACUUGUUGUGACUUUCCGUGCUUAUUCCAAGGAUCAAAUAUCUGACAUAAUUAAGCAUAGGCUGAAGGUUCUCGAGUAUGAUGUUUUUGAACCACUGGCCCUUGAAUUUUGUGCUAGGAAAGUCGCUGCAGCCUCUGGAGACAUGAGAAAAGCUCUUGGUGUUUGCAGGAGCGCUGUAGAGGUUUUUGAAGCAAGGUUACAAGAGUCUUCUGAUCAAGAAUUUGGACUUGUGACAUUUGACCACAUGGACAUUGCUUUGUCAAAGGCUUUCAAGUCACCUGUAGUAGAUAGCAUUCUCUGUCUUCCCCAACAUCAGCAGAUGGUAUUGUGUGCAUUGGCAAAUACUUUUCAUCAUUGCAAGAAAAAGGCAACGACUCUAGGAGAGCUCAAUAAAUCAUACAUAGAAAUUUGUAGAUCAACCCAAGUCCCAGCAGUUGGAAUGCUUGAAUUUUCAAACAUGUGCAUGGUUUUGAGUGAUCAGGGAUUCAUGAAGCUUGGGCAAUCCAAAGAAGAUAAGCUCAGGAGAGUGAUGCUUCAAAUUGACAGUUCAGAUAUCACUUUUGCAUUUAAGGGUAACCGGUUCUUUCAGAAAUGUUUGGAGCAACAAAAAUUUUAGUUAGUCACUCAAUUCAGCAACGACGUCUAUACACAGUUUGCAUUGUAUCUUAUACCAAGUGCCAGCAAAUCAAAAGCAAUAAUGCCCAAAAGUUCAGGAUUUUGCAUUCUAUUGGAUCAAACCAACGUAAAUUUUGACCCCGUCCUCAAUGUUUAUCAAUAUUUAUGAUUUAUGGCGAAACCCUUUGCUGAGAAAACUGUACAUGCGGGAUGAGUUAUGAUUGUUUUUCUUACAGUUCUUCUGAAAGAUUCCUAACUGUAUUUGUAAUUCUAAAAGGUAGUUGAUUGUAGUUCUGAUUUUUCCCCCUAGUCUUAUUUUCCUUCAACACAGUCUACAUUGAUUAUGAUUUAAUCCAUUGACAUAAAAGAUAAUUUAUGACGGUUGAGAUCUGUAAUGCAGACCUCUCUCUCUCUCUCUCUCUUUUACUUUACCAAAGGUUAUGUAUAAUUUCACUUUAUUUAUAAUCAAGCUACAAGGCUCGAAGCACUUUAUUUGUUCUGUA